AACUCCAAAUCGAAGGUGUUGCCUUUCGUAGGUAUGUCGGAGCCUCACAUCAGCACGGCGAUGAUGUAUACUUGGGAGAGCAUGGUAACACGGCAGCCGGCAGGGUAGUUGCUGUGAUUGGCUGAGCGAGCCUAGCCAGUUCUGCUUCGUAUCCUUCCUUCUACUUCCGCUUCCAACUCACCACUGUCUUUCAGUUGUUAAGGGCGAAGCGUACAGUAACGAGUUUCAGAAACGCCACAUCAGGUAUUCCAGCCAAAUAAAUUCGAUGCGGGUGGCCACCCACUUUGACCGGCGGAGGACAAAAGGGCGUUUGAGUGCAUAUCGAAAAAGGGCAAAUAUUGUUCGCCCUUCCUUCUGAGACAAGCUGAGCAUUGCCGCUGGGAGGCAUCGACUUAACGACGACACAAAUAUCAGUGUUGACGCCGCCACGCCAUUGUCACGCUUUUUCCUUCGUGCUAGGCACCUUCGCACACGCUCCCGGGAUGGAUCCCAAUAACCUGCUGUGGCCGCAUGGGCUCGACGAUUUGCUCAGCCUUUCCGACACACCACCCGACUUAUCAUUCUACCGUGGCAAUGACUCUUUUUACCAGUCCUGCGACGACAACUUCAAGUGCGGCGGCAUACAACACCUCGAACCAUGUCCAGAAAUAUCAACCUCGGAAGCGUUCUGCGCAUCGUCUAUUGAGCCGCACUUUGAUCAGAGGGCAAGUCAGCCAUCGUGUUUCGGGACUGAGCCAGCGGAUUUGUGGUACCGAACCGAGACGAGAACGAGCUACAUCUGCCUCUACCCGAACUGCAACAAGCGUUUUUCAAGAAUCUACGACCUUCGCCGUCAUCACCGGGGAAAACACGAGGGUACGGCUGAGUUUACUUGUCGCUAUCCUGGGUGCCGGAGGGGUAUCAGAGGGUUCCCGAGGAAAGACAAGCGGGAUGAUCACGAACGAAAGAUACAUGGGCCUGGCACGUUUUAGGUGGUUUGAGGCAUACGAAUUUCCUUUUGACCGGGUUUGAGAUGGGUCUAGGUUCGUUCUGACGAAAUGGUUGCUUGCUAUUCAUGGACGCAUUUUUCUAUUUUUGUAAGCUUCUUCAUGGAGACGUCCAGCCUACUCAGCACACCUACAAAGCAACAUGUUCUUCAAGUCAAUCUCCG